AUGAACAUGAAAGGAUGGAUGCUUUUGCUCACAGUUUGCAUUUCGUCAGUGGCGUCUAAAGAUCUGUGGAAAAGUGGCUACAUUAAAAAAGGUGGCAUACCUUCAAAAGACUGGUCUUUUGGAAAGGACAACGUUGCAACUGUAAAGAACCCUGCCGGUGGUAAAUCCAAGGUCACAAGGGUGUUGUACCCAAAGGGAUCCUACAAACCAUCAGCUACCCCGAGGGGUGGCGCGGCGUUUUUUAAGACACUGAAACCCGCCCGGGACAUUGUCACCCUCACUUACGACAUCUAUUUCGCCAAGAAUUUCAACUUUGUCAAAGGCGGCAAACUUCCGGGACUGUAUGGGGGUACAAGGAAAUGCUCCGGGGGUCGGGACACGUCAGACUGCUUCUCCACCCGCUUCAUGUUCAGGAAGAAUGGAGACGGGGAAGUGUAUCUAUACGCCCCGGAUAACCAAGCCAGAAAUUUCUGUUCCGAUAAAAGGGUUAUUUGCAACUUUGACUUCGGCCAUUCCAUCGGCCGUGGAAGUUUCCGCUUUCAAAAAGGGCGCUGGUAUACUGUCAGCCAGCGGGUCAAGUUGAACACCGUGGGCAAAACGAAUGGCUAUGUUAGGGUAUGGUUAAACAGAAAACAGGUUUUGUACAAGCCGAAUCUCCGACUGAGGAAUUCUAGUAAAGUGAAGAUCAAUGGCAUGUUCUUUUCAACUUUCUUCGGGGGCGGUGAUCCCAGCUGGGCGACCCCUGUUAAAACGUACACCUAUUAUCGUAACUUCAAGAUGACCACGUAG